UUUUGCUUUCAACCAAAUGUUGUAUAUCAAAUAUUAAAACAAAAAAACUUUCUCAAAUAGACUGUAUAAAAUUGAAUAAAAUGGACAAAGGUGAUGAGGUUCAAAAAACCGAUGUACAAAUGGAAAACGUACAACAUCAACAAUGGACAAAAAAGAAGAAGCCCGAUUUGAGUUCCUUACCAACUCGGCAAUAUCUAGAUCAAACGGUGGCUCCAAUUCUUUUGCAUGGUCUUCAAACUUUGGCCCGUGAAAGGCCACCAGAUCCAGUUAGCUUUUUGGCUGCAUAUUUGUUAAAACAUAAAUCCCGCAUUGAUGAUGCUCUCACGACGGAUGGAUCAUAAGAUGAGAACUUUUAUUUUUUUUGUUCUUAAUUAUUUACAAUUUGUUAAAAAAAAAACAUGAAAUAUCAG